GUGUCGUGAGGGCUGCGGGCGAGGCGAGCUCCCGGCGGAGGGUCCUGGCCGGCGGCGGCGGGACGAGACCCUCCGCCGAGCCCUCGGCCGGGGCGGGGUGCCGCUCGCACCUCGCGGCCGCUCUCUCCAGGCCGUUUUUGCGCAGCCACGUCCCCGUGCUGGCCCGGCCCGGCCCCCGCUCUCCGCGGAGCCGCUCACUGCGCCUUUAGCGACGGCGGCUGCGCCUUCAGCGGCGGGCGGGCGGCACCGGCGGCGGCUCCCGGCCGCGUCUCUCAGCGCCGCAGGCAGGGGGGCGGCGCGGGGCCUCUGCUGAAAGCCGAUGGGGCGCCGGAGAGCGGGGUGCCGGAGCGCCCGGCGGGCGAGCACCUGACACGGCUGAGGACUGCGAGCGGGCAGCCCUGAAAUGGCGAAAGCUCCGCUCCCAGCUGGCCCAUGCCGGUUCGGCGGCGCUCGGCACACGCAGACUCUCAGGGACUCUGUCGAGAGCUCCGAUGAUGAAUUCUUUGAUGCACGAGAGGAGAUGGUGGAAGGAAAAAAUGCUAUUCUCAUAGGCAUGAGCCAGUGGAACUCAAAUGACCUUGUUGAGCAGAUAGAAACAAUUGGGAAGCUUGAAGGAAAUCAAGGUGAAGAGUCUGCAUUUUGCUCAUCUGGCUUUCUGCAGGAAAAACAACGUGAAUUAUAUAGAACCUCUUUAAGAAAACAAAGGUUCCCUGCACAAGGCAGUAUUGAAAUACAUGAGAACAGUGAGGAAGGAGUUCAACACCAGAACUGCAAAACUCACGUGUUAAUUUUGAUCCUACAUGGAGGGAACAUAUUGGACACUGGAAGUGACCACAGCAGCAAGGUGGCAGACAUCAACACCUUCAGUUCUGUGUUUGAGAAGGUGACCCGAGCCCAUUUCCCUGCCUCUUUGGGCCACAUCUUAAUGAGACUUGUUCCCUGCCCAGCAAUCUGUUCAGCAGCUUUCUCUCUUGUUUCCAGCCUAAAUCCCUACAGCUAUGAUGAGAGCUGUCUCAGCAGCAGUGAAGACCACAUCCCACUGGCUGCCUUGCCUUUGCUGGCUGUUUCAUCUCCUCAAUACCAGGAUGCAGUUGCCAUGGUGAUCAGUAGAGCAAAUCAAGUUUACAAUGAGUUUCUCAAAUCUACUGAUGGUGCUGGUUUUAAUGGACAGGUGUGUCUUAUAGGUGACUGCAUUGGAGGAAUUUUGGGAUUUGAUGCCAUCUGCUAUAAUUCUAAUACAGCUUUUGAGAGUCGGAACACUAGCAGGAGAGGAAGCAUCAGCAGCAUCCAGGAUAAUCCACUCUUAGCAGAGGACUCCAGUCUGGGUGACAGCAAACACCUGAGCAAAAGCAAUAUUGACAUCUCGGGAAUCAUGGAGGAUGGGAAGCAAAGGCUGCCUCGGAAACAGAGUGACUCAUCCACUUAUGACUGUGAUACCAUAAGCCAGCAUCACGCACUCCUGUCCAGCAUCCACUCAAGCGUAUUGAAAGAUGGUGCAGACCUUCCUCCUGUGGAUUCCAGUCUCUCAGAAGUAAAUCUAGGCCGGUUUGAAUUUGAGGUGUCUGAUUUCUUCCUGUUUGGAUCGCCGCUUGGUUUGGUGCUGGCCAUGAGGAGCACUGUUCUGCCUGGCCUGGAUGUAUGCCAGGUGCGACCAGCCUGCAGCCAAGUGUACAGCUUCUUUCACUCUGCUGACCCCUCUGCCUGCAGACUUGAACCACUGCUGGAGAAAAGAUUCCAUCUUCUUCCUCCAUUCAGUGUCCCACGGUACCAGAGAUAUCCACUAGGGGAUGGAAGAUCUCACCAGUUAGGUGAUGCUCUCCACAAUCACAGUGGUCUGUUCCUUGAGAACAGCUCUUUGAACAUACCUUUCUCUCAGGAGAGUCCUGAAUCUCCAAAUACAUCUGAUCAACCACAAGGGAAAACAAGAAAGUUGAGCUUGGGCAGCACAAACAGUGAAAACUCUGGAUCAACGGAAAGCUUGCCAUCAGCAUACCUCACCAACAUUACUGCAAAGUGGUGGGGAACAAAACGAUUAGAUUAUGCCUUGUAUUGUCCAGAUGUGCUGACAGCCUUUCCAACGGUGGCCCUGCCACAUCUCUUUCAUGCCAGCUACUGGGAAUCAACAGAUGUUGUGGCCUUCAUCUUAAGACAAGUGAUGAGGUAUGAAAAUGUAAAUUUCAAGGAAAAUGACAACCUGGAUCCAGAAACACUAAGUCUAUCCAAUCCACGAGAAAAAUGGCUGCGCAAAAGGACACAUGUCAAAUUGAGGAACGUGACUGCUAAUCACCGAGCUAACGAUGUCAUUGCAGCAGAAGAUGGUCCCCAGGUGCUGGUUGGGCGCUUUAUGUAUGGACCUCUGGACAUGGUGGCUUUAACAGGUGAAAAGGUGGAUAUCUUCAUAAUGACUGAGCCAUCUUCGGGUAGGUGGGUGUAUUUUGACACAGAGAUAUCCAACAGCAGUGGACGAAUAUCCUACAAUAUACCUGAACAGAAGAGAUUGAGAGUUGGUGUGUAUCCCAUCAAAAUGGUGGUCAGAGGGGACCAGAGCAGUGCUGCAAGUUACCUGACUGUACUGCCCCGAGGAAUGGAAUGUGUUGUGUUCAGCAUUGAUGGUUCCUUUGCAGCAAGUGUUUCAAUUAUGGGGAGUGACCCCAAAGUCCGAGCGGGGGCCGUGGAUGUUGUCAGGCACUGGCAGGACCUGGGAUAUCUGAUUAUCUACAUCACCGGCCGUCCAGAUAUGCAAAAGCAGCGUGUGGUUUCAUGGUUGUCCCAGCACAAUUUCCCACAAGGAAUGAUCUUCUUCUCAGAUGGACUUGUUCAUGACCCACUGCGACAAAAGACCAUUUUUCUCCGGAAUCUCGUGCAAGAGUGCCACAUCAAAAUCUGCGCUGCGUAUGGUUCCAUGAAGGAUAUUUCUGUGUACAGUGUUUUGGCUCUGUCGCCAUCCCAGAUCUACAUAGUUGGACGAUCCACAAAGAAAUACCAGGCACAGUGCCAAUUCCUCAGUGAAGGUUAUGCAGCCCACUUGGCCUCACUGGAGUUCAGUCUCCAUUCACGACCCAAAAAGAACAACUCUCGGAUGAUCCUGAGAAAAGGCAGCUUUGGCCUCCACUCACAACCGGAGUUUCUGCGCAAGAGAAACCAUCUCCGCCGGACUAUGUCUGUUCAGCAGCCUGACCCACCUUCUUCAAACCCCAAGCCAGAGCGUGCUCAGAGCCAGCCUGAAUCAGACAAAGAUCAUGACAGGCAUUUGCCCUCCCUUGCUUGGGUUCGAGGUGGAGUUCACAAAUUUGAAUCUAUUCCCUAGGAGGAUUGGGAAUGUAGAUCUUGGAUGCACCCCAUUAAACUUGUAGGCAUGCCUCAAAGAUAGUGUUUAGGCAGCUCCAAACUAAGAGACGUAGACAGGAAUUGUACCUUGGAGUCUUCCCUGUUCUGAAAUCUCCCUUCUUAUACCAAGCGGGGCACUUCCACUCUCUUCCUCUUAUCAUGUUUAUUGGGGAAGAUUAAAACAAUCUAAAACUAUCACAAGCUUAUCAUCAUAGCAACAGGUUAUAUUUUGGAAUGGAUAUAAUAUGUGCAAUAAGAGGAAAAGAUACUGAUUUUCCUGUGAAGGAUUGUGGUAUCAGCUGAUUAGCUGCACCCAAGACAGUAUAAAGGGUAGGUCCCGUAGGUUACAGAGAAUGUUGACACUUUAAGCAUUAAGAAGUCAUGUCUGCUUCCACUUCACUUUUCAAUAAAAGUGAUAAAGGAAAGCAGCAGUGGGAGCUACAAUAACAGGUGGCUCUGACUUGUACAAUAAGAUACCUUCUGGGUGCCUUAAACCCAAGGUUUUCUUUCAGUCUACAGUGUUGGUCAACACACUCCAACAUGGGUACUCAUGUUUGUGUGAGGUGCUGGAAAAUGAGAGAACUUCACUUGCGAACCAAACAUAAAAAUUUAAUGUUAAAAAAAUAUGUGUCUGCUACAGUUUGAACACAGUUAGUGUUGUUGUAAACAAAGUAGUGUGCAACUGUAAAAAGAUCACAUUGUUUGUGGAACUUGGUGACUGUGCAAAAAUGUGAGGACAACUCCAAAGAAGAUGGUUCUGAUGAUCUCAGUCUGAGAGUCAGAUCCUAAGAGGGCAAGUUAAAAGGAACCCUUUUACUAAGGGAUCUGCAAAUUUCAGAACAGUUACUAUUUUAAUUAUUCUAACUAGAAUCUUUACACUGGAGGGAGAAAAAAGUAAUUAAGUACAUUGAUAAAUUGUUUACUUCUCAUGCUUCACAGCAACUGCUGUAUUAAGACAAUCUGUAGCAUUCAGAGUUACAGCAUUUGAGCUUCUAAGAGUGGACAUGCGAAAAUACAGGUGCCAAAUAAACAUUUUUCUACGGAUUUAAAUAUCUCUCUGAUCUCUCAAUGGACUUAACUAGAAGUAAAAUGUGACGUUUUCCCUAAGUAGUAGUAUUUCUAAAGCGUUAUAGUUACUUUAACAUAGUAGCAGUUUGCAGAUUCUUCAUGCAGAUACUUCCACAGAAAUUCAUCAAGAGAACUUUAGUGACUGAACUGACACGUUUUAAAAACUGCAAUGAAGUUAAAAGUGCACAUAAAAAACAUAUUUUUUUUAGAGUUAAAAAAAUACUAUUGACACAGAAAAAGCUUGAAGUCAAAAGGACAUUCCUUUUUCAGGUUUGUUGUUUGUUUUUUAUUUCAGGGAAUUGGGGUGGAGAGGGUGUUGUGCAUCUCCAUCCCCCUUUCAGGUUUUGCUAGACGAGAAAGACUCUCUCACUGCGUUGGUUAAUGAUUUUGAAAGUUAACAUGUAAAACAAGAAAUACAAGUGGAAAAGUAAUAAGACAGUGCAGAAGUAAAGUAAGUUUAUACUCCCUGUUAACCUUAAAGCUUCAGUGGGCUUUUGGAAGGGUGUAUGAGUGUAGCUUUUGUCUUAAGAGGCAGCAAAAUAGCUUGUAAGUGGUGAUCUUUGAUUUAUAUUUUCAGGCAUUACUUGGCAAGAUUGUCAGUUGCCUAUUUCAAACUUCCUGAAAUAUGUCUGGCACCAUCAGUAGUUGGUGUUUUUCUAAUGCUUCCUUUAAGGGAAGGGGCAAUCUCUGCUGAAGAUUAAGGAAAGAUGUAAAAAUGUUGGUAGCAAACACUUUCUGGGAGCAGGUAAAUACAUUACAAGGGGCUAGGGUUUUGUGCUCUAGGGUUUGCUACAAAAGCUAAAUGAAUGUUAGUUUGCAAACUACAUUGAAACAGUCUUUACAUUUACAAACGCUUCCCAGUAGUAUCAUUGUUCUUGAACCCAUGAAAUUGGAGGAAUUGCUCCAUGUUCUGUCUCAGCCCACUGCAUGCAUUAAUUCUAAUCACGUAGUCCAUUUCUUCUCUUCUGCUUUGCACUAGGGAGAGGUUGCACAGGGGCACCAGCCUCCAUCUCCUUCUAGUGAAUUUACCAUUAGCAUGCUCCUGCUUGUUAUUUUUUAAUAGAAUGGGAAUCCAAGGCUUGUGAGAGAAGAAGUUACUAGGAAAAUUUUAAGUUUGCUGCAGGGUUUAAAAUACUGAUCAAAAAGUUCUUUGUAAGCACUAGGUGUUGUGUAGCACGUCUCCUGACAGUAAUCACUAUUUCUGUUCAAAGCGACUCUUGCUUUAGCCAUCUACCUCUAUCACCCAGGAGACUUAAACCUAUUUUUUUGUUUUAAAUUGCUGCAGUAGAAAGGUCUACUUCCUUUCAAAAAAGGGAUCUGUGUAAUUCUGUGACUGUAUUGAAGGAAAUAGUGUCUGAGUACAAG